UAUCUUCAAAUUUUGAAGUUACUCAUGUGGUGUCAUUUCUCUCAAUAAUCUCUGCCUCUUUUUUUUUGUUUUUUCUUCUUUUCUUUUUGUGUUUGAUCAUCUGUUUCUCCAUUAGUUAGUGAUGAUUAUUAGAAGAAGGAACUUCUUUGCUGAAUUAUAUACAGCCCUUCCUCUUCUGGUGCCAUUAUUCCAGUUACAAGAUUGCUGUGCUAGAAAUAGCAAAUAUCAUUGCAUCCCUUCUUCUUGUGGCAACAUCCAUAACAUCAGUUACCCUUUUCGAUUGACCACCGAUCCAAAAAAAUGUGGCCACAAGAAGUAUACGCUCAGUUGUGAAAAUAACCAAACAGUAGUAUACUUGGAUACUGCAAGAUACUACGUUCUGUCUAUCAAUUACAAUAACCUCACAGUUCGAGUGGUGGAUGCUGAUUUCCAAAAGGAUAAUUGCUCUUCUGUGCCUCCCCAUUCUCACAACAGAUACUAUAACCGUUAUUGGCAGGGAAAUUGGCUCUACAAUCAGAGUUUAGUAUUCAUAAAGUGCCAAGAUCGAAUAGUACCGAAUUCAUCGCUCUUUAUAGAUACGUCUCCCUGCAUCAACAGCACACAUGAUUCUGGUUAUUCUUAUGUCAAAAUUGGGCCUACUAAUGUAACGGAUUUGAGGGAUUCAUGUCGUGUAGAGCAUUUUGUACGGGCUUCUUUUAUGCCAGAAGAAGUGAGAAACAUUUCGUAUAUGGAUAUUCACCAUAUUAUGGCAUUUGGGUUUGAGCUUUCAUGGUCUUUAGGCUGUUGUACUGACAACCUUUGCAGCGUAGAUUUUAACUCGUCUUGUUAUGAUAUUUAUGGGGAUUGGAUAACCACAUACACGUGGAGAGACAUUGUACGUCAGUAUGCGAUAGGUUUGCUCCCAUUUGUAAUCCCAUUUGUGCUAUAUCGGGCACCAAUAUUCAUCUUUGGAUCAUUGGGCGUUCUCGUCUUCUUAAUCUAUAAAUGGCGAAGGAGGCAUUUGUCGAUGUACGAUAACAUUGAAGAGUUUCUUCAGAAGUAUAAUAAUUUCAUGCCAAUUAGAUAUUCUUAUUCAGAAAUUAAGAAGAUGACUAAAGGUUUCAAAACCAAACUAGGUGAAGGGGGUUAUGGUUCUGUGUACAAAGGGAAGCUUCGAAGUGGUCAAUUUGCUGCAGUGAAAAUACUGGAGAAGUCGAAAGCUAAUGGACAAGAAUUCAUCAACGAAGUAGCUACUCUUGGGACAAUUUACCAUGUCAAUAUAGUGCGCCUCGUUGGUUUCUGUGUUGACAAAUCGAAACGGGCCCUUGUAUAUGAGUUCAUGCCUAAUGGGUCUCUCGAGAAAUAUCUAUUUGCACAAGAAGGGAUCAACACGAUCAGCGUCAAGAACAUGUACGAGAUCGCUCUUGGUGUAGCUCGGGGCAUUGAGUACCUUCACGAAGGUUGCAAAAUGCAAAUCUUGCAUUUUGAUAUCAAGCCACAUAACAUCCUUCUCGAUGAGAAUUUCAUGCCUAAAAUUUCUGACUUUGGACUUGCAAAAUUGUACCCAACAGAUAACAGCAUUGUGGCUCUCACUGCAGCAAGGGGAACAAUAGGAUACAUGGCUCCUGAAUUGUUCUACAAGCACAUCGGAGGAGUGUCUUAUAAAGCUGAUGUGUAUAGCUUUGGGGUCUUGCUAAUGGAAAUGGUUGGAAGGAGGAAGUCCUUAAAUGCAUUUGCUGAGCAUUCUAGUCAAAUAUACUUUCCUUCAUGGGCUUAUGACCAAUUCAGCAAAGGGAAUGACAUAGAUUUAGGAGCUGUUUCAGAUGAGGAAAGGCAAAUAGCAAAGAAGAUGGUUCUGGUAGCAUUGUGGUGUAUACAAAUGGAACCUAUUUACCGUCCUUCAAUGCAUAAAGCUAUAGAGAUGCUGGAAGGAGAUGUUGAAAACCUACAAAUGCCUCCAAAACCUUCUCUCUCGAUAAACGAUAGGGCAAAAGAGAAAGUCAAAAUUGAGAUAAAUCCACAAGGAUGAUAUAUAUAAAUGGUGUGCAUGUCUUUUAAGUAACUGUUUUUAAUUGCUUAAGCUUAUAGAUUCUUGUUAUAUAUUUCUUUGACUAGUUUCAUUUGAACUCUUCCAAGUUUGUAUCAGAUGAAAUAUUAUUGGUGUUCAAUAUUAUGACUAUAACUUAA